AAUGAGGGAAAAUGGCCAUUUCCGUAUUCUGAACGGAUGCUUAUGUCAUCCGUUCGGGGCCCGUACUGGGGAGACGGAUAACACCAAGACAUCGCUUGCUUUCCUUCCUUCAUAUCCUCUUUCUCGCUUUCAGACCCUUCGUCGAGUUUGCUAUCGUCGAGAACAAUUACGGACCUCUCUGAUUCCGUUUAGCCAAGAGAGCUUUAGGCCAUACUCCGGGGCUUAUUUCUCUCCGAUUCUCCUCGACAUUGAGGCAACCUUGCACGGCCACUUUAGCAUUCAUAGUCACUCGUACUCGCCAAGAUAUAUGUACAGGCACCAGACAGCAGCUUAUUGCUGAUACAGCCUAGCCACAAUGCCCGCAGUAUCGAGAGGUCACAGAGCAGAGGCAAAAUACAACGUUGUCCUUGAUUAUCCUCAGCUGGGCUUGCAUUCCGCCGCCGCCUCUGGAAAUAUUGCUCUCGUUCGGUAUGCGCUCGAUCAUGGCCAACCAAUUAAUUCUGCUCUCGACGGUGUCUUGCCUCUUCAUGCAGCAUGUUCGGGGGGCAACGAUAUCGUAGUUCGUCUUCUUAUAGAUCGCGGCGCUGAUGUGAAUGCACCGAGACUGCCUCGACGAUACUCAAAUGACAAGGGUCGUGACGCAUCCAUGCCUAUCGUUGGCACUUCCGGGUCCACACCUCUCCAUUUCGCAUGUGCAAAUGGUCAUAUGAGUGUAAUCAUGACGUUGCUGUUACAUGGAGCCCAUCCUGACCGUGCAGACAAGCACGGUACCACUCCAGAGAUGUUGGCCCGUCAAAAUGGCUGGGUAUCCUGUGCUGAUAUUCUCAAGGAAUGGUCUCACAACAAGGACAGGGACCUCAGAGAACGGGAAUUAUCGUCACAUCCGCUCUCGGAUAAUGAGGAGACGAGUUCCCCAAAGCAGAAGGAAUCUCACGCCUAUUGUGGGUCGCUCGAUUGUCGGGAAUGCGCAACUAGGAAAAGAAUCCGAGUCAAGCGGUCUAUCGACUCCGCCAUCCACAUGUUGAAGCCAACCAUAACUCAAUGUCACCCACCUUCCUCGAGUACUGACCAACAACCACCUUCGCCACUAGCAAAGCAGCUUGGAGAGUAUACUUACUACCCCACUCCCGAUUCUAACGCUUCGCAAGAGUUCCCCGGCCGACGCCCUUCACUUCCACAUGUAUAUGAUUCGCCUGAGGAUUCAACCGCUUCCCGCAGACGGCCAUCGAACUCUCAAUCUAUCGUUUCAUCUUCUUCUCGCAGACCCCGCUCAGCCGAUAUGGAUGCCGAACCUUCGCCAUCACCGGGAGCGCAACGAAUUAAGGGCAAAAUCUCUCUGCUUAACAUCUUCAAGAAAAAUAGCGGCGAGGCUUCUGGUACACCCGACAGCUUAUCUAGCUCUAGCUCAGUGUUUACCUCUAUUUCCCCUUCUCCUGCACCGGACGUGCAUGCAGCACAAGCCGGUUCGUCUUCCGCAUUCCAAUGUCAUUCCGCUGAUGUCCCAACCGCUACUCCACCAGAUUAUACGCCUUUGAACGCAUCGCGUAUGCGUAAUCGCCUCCUCAGCGAAAGUGGCCGACAAUCUCCUGCUCAGGCUGUUGAGCUGCACCAUGCUUUCUCAAAGGAAAGUCUUCAGGCUCAAUACAAUGCUAGUACGACGGCUGUUUCUGGAAUCAAUACGAGUACUCAAGGAUCACGAAGUCCGUCCGUAAGACCUGGAAUUUUGCGUGGCGUGCAUGGCCGCUCUUCAUCCUCAGGGCCAUCUCAGCCUUCUUCACAUGUAGACUCGACGAAAUCUCUGAACAACUUGCCUGCGGUAUCUGGUCAGUCCAUUAGAUCGCUCCGAUUUGAUUCAUCAUCUGCUACAUCGACGUCAUACUCGCGUCGACCUUCCGAGAAACUGGAACGUAGGCAUGAUAGUCAAAGUCCUGCAAGGCGUGUCAGGGGCAGUGAUAGCAAGACGUCACUACGUUCUCAUAGCCCUGCAUCCCCGCGGGGUUUACAACGAGAUGAUGAACAGCUCCCACCGACAUCCUUACCGGUUGCCUUCAGUUCUGAUACCAGCCCGCAACGUGCUGGCGAUAUUGAAGAGGAAGUGGAAGAGGACGAAGAAUAUGGUACACCCAUUGAACCGCUAGUGGGCAUGAGCGAACUCACUUUGGGAGAUAGACCGAUACAUGCCUCGCCGGAAAUGACAUCCUCCGAUCUUCCUCCAGCAACUGAAGGCGCCCUUCCCCGCGUUUUCGAAUGUCCGUUCAGCAUCAAUUGUCCUCCUAUCGGUGAUGAAGAGCCACAGGAUUCACGCGAUAGACACGCUAGUCCGAACUUACUCGGGAUUGAUGGAAUCGAUGGACGGACGAGGGGGGAUUCAUUGAGCAGCAUGAACACGAAUCCUACCAGCUCCAGCAGCGCUAGCGCUUACUUGGGUACUCCUGCUAUGUCGACAUCGAACCUACCCAUACCCGCGAUUUAUUCGCCUACAUCACAAGCAUCAGAUCUGCCCGUGGAGAGGGCAGGGUCUCGCAUGGGAGAGCUCAUAGAUCCCUCUCCGAAAAGAUCUCGGAUCCCUCUUGAUAUCGAUAUUCGUUCAAUAUCUUCACAUGCACAAGCAGAAGCUCUUGUUCAACAAGCUCAGCAACGAAUCUUCGACUUGCAAAACGAAGCUCAGGAUUGGAAUGUUCCGAGAGUCAGCUUGGGUGAAGGUCGCACACCUUUGAGCGCCCGUCUCGCCGCUUAUGGUGAAUCACUCGCAAUUGAACGCAAGUUCAAGGAAGAAGAAGAAAAGAGCAGGAGCCCUCUCCGAACGGUCCACUCGAUUAAUACGAGCGCAUCAGGUUCAGAGGGUAGUAGCGGUGUGUUGAGUUCGAGUACUUUGAAGGUUAGUCGCAGUGCGAGAGGCUUGGACAGGGCGUUCAGUCUGGAGGACAAGACACGCGUACAUGGUAGACAUGGUCGAGUUCAGAAGGUGAAGCGACCACAUACUAGCGGUGGAACUCGCCCUUCAGACUCCUCGAUGCUCCUCGAACGCCCCGGUCAUUUCCAUUCUAUCUCAAGUAGUGCUGCCAUUGGAUCUACUCCCGACAUCUCUUCCAAACCUCCUCAGCCUUUCGUCGUCGCCAUUACACCUCCACCCUCCUCUUCGUAUCCAGCAACACCCCCAGAUCGUUACUCGCUCGAUUAUCGACCCCGGAUGACUCGCUCACGUACACCUGACCCCGAGUCAGACUCAUCAUACGUCCUCACCGGCGUACCCCUCUCUCGAUUUCCUACUUCACCUGACAACGACACCUUGUUCGAUGCUCUUCCUUCGGAAAGAACCCUUACAAAACAGGAGCGUGAAGUCGCUCGGGCUAACAAGUUAGCAAAGAUGGGUUUCUCGUCUGGUGGAGAUAGCUGGCAAGGUGCCGGUUCGUUCUCACGAAGCCAGAAGCCUCGUUUCGGUGGUAUAAAGACUCUGGUGCAGACUUUGACUGGAAAGUCAUAGAUCUCUUGAGCUCAUUCUUUGUCUCCUUCCCUAACCUCCUUUACACAUAUCAUUCGACUUUCGACUUUCGACUCCCCCCAACCCUUUUCUCUUUCUCCUACUCAUCCUGUUUUCUCCGAUGGACAUUCCUGAUAAGUCUCUGCGACUACUUUUUGUGUUAUCCUGAUUUGUUGUAUCUCUCAUCCCCACUGUCACUUUAUUGUUUGUUGUUUGUUGUCCAAUUGUUUCCAUGGCUGUACUUCAUAUUCAUACUUUUUCAUCAUCCAUCCAACACAUCGCAUUUGCUUUGCAUCAUUUUCUUUUCUUUUGUGUCUUGAACCCAAUCUCGCUGCUAGAGAUGGUGUACGAUUGGCAGGUUUUAUUAUCGCUAUGUAUAUUCAUCCACACUCGCAUCCUCAGAUCUUUCUUUAUUCUUCUCACUCGAAUUCCAAUCGCAUCGUCCUCGCACUGAUAUUAUUUGUUGUACCGUUGUUGUAUUAUCUAUGUACCAUGUAUGUCAGUUAUCCAAUGUGUAUUCCAGCACUUCGGUUUACU